AUGAAAACAGGUACGAAUAUUAGACAAAUAUACGUAAAAAUAUUUAUACAAAUAGUCAAAUAUCGUUCUGCUGUGCUCCAUUGAUUUUUUCGGCAAACCCGAAAUUUUCAAGAAAAUUUUCAUUUUUUCGCCAAAUGCGAAAUUUUCCAGAAAAUUUUCAUUUUUUCGCCAAACCCGAAAUUUUCCAGAAAAUUUUCAUUUUUUCGCCAAAUCCGAAAUUUUCCAGAAAAUUUUCAUUUUUUCGCCAAAUCCAAAAUUUUCCAGAAAAUUUUCAUUUUUUCGGCCAAUCCGAAAUUUUCAAGAAAAUUUUCAUUUUUUCGCCAAAUCCGAAUUUUCCAGAAAAUUUUCAUUUUUUCGCCAAAUCCGAAAUUUUCUACAAAAUUUUCAUUUUUUCGCCAAAUCCGAAAUUUUCAAGAAAAUUUUUAAUUUUUUCUCCAAAACACAAAUUUUCCCGAAAAUUUUUAAUUUUUUCGCCAAAUCCAAAAUUUUCAAGGAAAUUUGCAUUUUUUCGCCAAAUUCGAAAUUUUCCAGAAAAUUUUCAUUUUUUCGCCAAAUCCGAAAUUUUCCAGAAAAUUUUCAUUUUUUCGCCAAAUCCGAAAUUUUCCAGAAAAUUUUCAUUUUUUCGCCAAAUCCAAAAUUUUAUAGAAAAUUUUCAUUUUUUCGCCAAAUCGAAAUUUUCUACAAAAUUUUCAUUUUUUCGCCAAAUCGAAAUUUUCUACAAAAUUUUCAUUUUUUCGCCCAAUCCAAAAUUUUCCAGAAAAUUUUCAUUUUUUCGCCAAAUCCGAAAUUUUCCAGAAAAUUUUCAUUUUUUCGCCAAAUCCGAAAAUUCCAGAAAAUUUUCAUUUUUUCGCCACAUCCGAAAUUUCUCAGAAAAUUUUCAUUUUUUCUGCAAAUCCGAAAUUUUCAAGAAAAUUUUCAUUUUUUCGCCAAAUCCGAAAUUUUCCAGAAAAUUUUCAUUUUUUCGCCAAAUCCAAAAUUUUAUAGAAAAUUUUCAUUUUUUCGCCAAAUCGAAAUUUUCUACAAAAUUUUCAUUUUUUCGCCAAAUCGAAAUUUUCUACAAAAUUUUCAUUUUUUCGCCCAAUCCAAAAUUUUCCAGAAAAUUUUCAUUUUUUCGCCAAAUCCGAAAUUUUCCAGAAAAUUUUCAUUUUUUCGCCAAAUCCGAAAUUUUCCAGAAAAUUUUCAUAUUUUCGCGAAAUUCGAAAUUUUCCAGAAAAUGUAUAAUUUUUUCGCCAAAUGCGAAAUUUUCCAGAAAAUUUUCAUUUUUUCGGCAAAUCCGAAAUUUUCAAGAAAAUUUUCAUAUUUUCGCGAAAUUCGAAAUUUUCCAGAAAAUUUAUAAUUUUUUCGGAAAAAGCGAAAAUUUCAAGAAAAUUUUUAAUUUUUUCGCCAAAUCCGAAAUUUUCCAGAAAAUUUUCAUUUUUUCGCCAAAUCCGAAAUUUUCAAGAAAUUUUUAAUUUUUUCUCCAAAUCCGAAAUUUACAAGAAAAUUUACAUAUUUUCGCCAAAUUCGAAAUUUUCCCGAAAAUUUUUAAUUUUUUCGCCAAAUCCGACAUUUUCAAGAAAAUUUUCAUUUUUUCGCCAAAUCCAAAAUUUGCAAGGAAAUUUGCAUUUUUUCGCCAAAUCCAAAAUUUUCUAGAAAAUUUUCAUUUUUUCGCCAAAUCCGAAAUUUUCUAGAAAAUUUUCAUUUUUUCGCCAAAUCCGAAAAUUCUAAGAAAAUUUUCAUUUUUUCGCCCAAUCCGAAAUUUUCCAGAAAAUUUUAAUUUUUCCGCCAAAUCCGAAAUUUUCCAGAAAAUUUUCAUUUUUUCGCCAAAUCCGAAAUUUUCCAGAAAAUUAUCAUUCUUUCGCCAAAUCCGAAAAUUCCAGAAAAUUUUCAUUUUUUCGCCAAAUCCGAAAUUUUCCAGAAAAUUUUCAUUUUUUCGCCACAUCCGAAAUUUCUCAGAAAAUUUUCAUUUUUUCUGCAAAUCCGAAAUUUUCAAGAAAAUUUUCAUUUUUUCGCCAAAUCCGAAAUUUCUCAGAAAAUUUUCAUUUUUUCGCCAAAUCCGAAGUAUAAAAAAAAAUACGCUGAGGACAAUGUACCUCACUCUGAGGACUAAGUUCCUUACGCUGAGGACAUUGUUCCUCAAGGUGAGGACAAAGUACCUCACACUGACGACAAGGUACCUCACACAGAGAACAAUGUUCCUCACUCUGAGGACAAGGUUCCUCACGGUAAAGACAAGGUUCCUCACGCUGAGGACAAGGUACCUCUCACUGAGGACAAGGUACCUCACACUGAGGAAAAGGUUUCUCACGCUGAGGACAAGGUUCCUCACGGUGAGGACAAGCUUCCUGACGGUGAGGACAAGGUUCCUCACGGUGAGGACACGGUUCCUGAGGCAGAGGACAAGAUUCCUCACGCAGAGGAGAAGGUUCGUCCCGCUGAGGACAAGGUGCCUCACACUGAGGACAAGGUACGUCACACUAGGGACUAGAUUCCUCCCGCUGAGGACAAGGCACCUCACGAUGAGUACAAGGUACCUCACAAUGAGUACAACGUACCUCACACUGAUGACAAGGUUCCUCAUGCUUAGGACAAGGUUCUUCAAGCUGAAGACAAGGUACCUUACACUGAGGACAAAGUUCCUCGCCCUGAGGACAAGGCUCCUCGCGCUGAGGACAAAGUUGCCCACGAUGACGAAAAGGUUCCUCACGCAUAG